UAGGGAACCGUUUAACGGUUAAUUAAGCUAAAUAUGCACUGAAUUUACAACAAGCGCGUCUGGAGAUGCCAGCAAGUCGCCAAGAUGCCAAAGCGCGGCAGUUUCUUUUGUGUGUGAAGAAUCUGUUUAACGUUACCUCAGCAUAGGGCUAAGCUAACCAUGUCAGCAUGAGUCAGUGACCUCUAGAGCAGGCUAAUAACACGAGUAAAGCCAGGUCACAUGCUCGCUCGGGAAUAAUGGCUGCACAGGAACCGUCCCCACCAUCUUCACUAGAAGGCAACAAACCUGGCUUCCCGAGGAAAAUUCUCGCCAACAAGCUUGAGGACAAGCAUUUGUGCAACAUCUGUCAAAAAAUCCUCAGGAGGCCGUUUCAAGCGCAAUGCGGACACCGUUUCUGUUCAUAUUGUUUUAACAAAACAGUGAGCUCUGGUCCACAGAAAUGCAGUGCCUGUAUAAAGGAAGAUAUAUUUGAGGAGCCUACAUCCAUUCUGAAACAAGGCUGUGCUUUUCCUGACAAUGCUGCCAAAAGAGAAGUUGAAGCCCUUGAAGCUGUGUGUAUCAAUGAAGGUUGCACUUGGACAGGCACUAUCAAAGAAUAUGAGGCCACACACGAGGGACAGUGUGAUUUCAUGAUCAUUCCUUGUCCCUCCUGCAAAGAGCUUUUAAGGGCCAAUGAGCUCGAGCGUCACAAUGAGAGGGAAUGCCCUGAGAGAACCCUGAACUGUAAAUACUGCAAAGAACCCUUUCAUUUUAAAAACAUUAAGGCUCACGAUGAGAUUUGUCCCAAAUACCCAAUGAUUUGUGAAGGCUGUGCAAAGAAGAAAAUUCCCAGAGAGAAGUACGUGGACCACAUUAAGCUGUGUACCAAAUUUCGAACUCCCUGCAGAUUUCAUGUUGUCGGCUGUGACAUGUCCGUGGAGAAGGAGAAGAUCCACGACCACGAGCGGGCAUGUUCCUAUGAGCACCUGAACCUCUUGCUGCACUUUAUCAUGGGCAUCAAGGUGAACCUGGAGAGUCUGCAGCCCCAGAGCCUGGAGCUGGCCAGCCACAAGAUCCAGGAGCUGCACCAGUCUCUGCGCGAGCUUGAGCUGAAGAUGGGCCAGCUGAGUGCGGGGGCUCCCGUGCAGGGGGCCUGUGCACCUCCCCCACCUCCGCCACCAACCCUGGCCACCUCCUUCACCCCUCUGCCCACUGCGGUCGGAGCUGCCCUGGAGCUGCAGCUCCACAGUGAGAAGACCAAGGUGGCAGAACUCAGUCGCCGCUGCCAGGAGCUGGAGCUGAAAGUGGGCACCUUCGAGAACAUCGUCUGUGUGCUGAAUCGUGAGAUGGAGCGCUCCGCCACCACCAUGGAGGCCUACAAUCGCCAGCACAGGCUCGACCAGGACAAGAUUGACAUACUCAACAACAAGGUUCGUCAGCUGGAGAGGACGGUGAGUCUGAGGGAUAUCUCCAUCGUGGAGAUGGAGGGGAAGAUGAGAGAAAUGUCUGCUGCCACAUAUGACGGCGUUUUUGUGUGGAAGAUCUCGGACUUCUCAAAAAAGAGGCAGGAUGCUGUAGCUGGACGGGCCCCAGCCAUGUUCUCUCCUGCAUUUUACACAAGCAAAUAUGGCUACAAGAUGUGUUUGCGUAUCUACCUGAACGGGGAUGGAACGGGGCGUGGCACUCACUUGUCUCUGUUCUUCGUGGUGAUGAGGGGACACAGUGAUGCCUUGCUCAAGUGGCCUUUUAACCAGAAGGUCACGCUCAUGCUGUUGGACCAGAACAACAGAGAACACAUCAUCGACGCCUUCCGGCCCGACAUCUCCUCCUCCUCCUUCCAGAGGCCCGUCAGCGACAUGAACAUCGCCAGUGGCUGCCCGCUCUUCUGCCCGCUCUCCAAACUGGACUCCAAGAACUCCUACAUCCGAGACGACACCAUCUUCAUCAAGGCCAUCGUCGACCUCACUGGCCUUUAGUGAUGUAAGACGUCUGUGUGCCUCCAUUCGGCCACGCGUGCUCCUCAAGCCUGCGGUGGUUGUUUUGCAGUACCGUUCUGAGGCCUGGGUCCUCUAGGAGAGCUCUGCUGGUGGGCCUGCAUGCCCCCAUAAUGACUCCCAUUCCCAGGGCAUUGUUACUCUGGGAUUUACAUUGCUCUACAUUAUGUUGCCAACCAAAAUUGUACCUGGAGUUUGUGCAGUUUUACUGUAAUAUAGUUGCCCUUUGGGAACUCUCUUUCUCCCCUAUAGCGGGAUAGCUGUCAGCAGUGAUUGUAAUGUAACUAUUGAUGCCUGUGCCAUAGAUGUUGGCACUCUGCCUUUUAUAGAGAUUGAGAGAAGAAUUUACUCACAGGAUAGAAGUCAUUUCAUUUCCAAGCGCUUUUGCUUGUGCUGUGGCCAGUUUUUUGGGGCUUGACUUUUUUUUUUCCCGUUUUAGUGUUUGAACUAUUUGC